AUGAUCUCUCCUCUUGAUUCCACCUCCUGCCAGUUACUGGGACAGUUUCAUCUAAAUGGGAUGCACAUGGCAGGAGAUGUGGUUCUGGGUGGGUUGUUUGAGAUCCACAUCUUUUCUGUCUUUCCUGACCUGUCUUUUACCUCAGAGCCACAACACCCUACCUGCCACAGUUUUGAUGUUCUAGGAUUCAGGCAGGCCCAGACCAUGGCCUUUGCUAUUGAUGAGAUCAACAGAAAUUCCAACCUGCUGCCUAAUGUGACUCUGGGAUACAGUCUUUAUGACAACUGCCUCUCACUAGGCAUUGGAUUCCGUGCAGCAUUGUCAUUAGCCAGUGGUCAAGAGGAGCAGUUCAUAUUAGAUAAGACCUGUGCAGGAAACCCUCCGGUAGUAGGGAUUGUGGGUGAUGCUUCCUCUACACGUUCCAUUGCCAUCUCUGCUGUCUUAGGUUUGUACAGAGUACCUAUGGUAAGUUAUUUUGCCACAUGUUCGUGCCUGAGCGACCGGCAGAAGUUCCCAUCGUUUUUUCGGACGAUCCCAAGUGAUGCUUUCCAGGUGCGUGCUAUGAUUCAGAUUCUCAGGCGCUUUGGCUGGACUUGGGCAGGUCUGCUGGUCAGUGAUGAUGAUUAUGGACUCCAUGCUGCCCGAUCCUUCCAAUCUGACCUGGCUCAGUCUGGUGGAGGCUGUCUGGCCUACUUAGAGGUUUUGCCCUGGGGCAAUGAUCCAGCUGAACUAAGGAGGAUUGUGGAUGUUAUGAGGAAAUCUACAGCUCGUGUGGUCAUUGCGUUUGCACAUGAAAAUCUCAUGAUAAACCUCAUGAAAGAGGUGGUGAGGCAGAAUGUGACAGGCCUGCAGUGGAUGGCCAGUGAAGCCUGGACUGCAGCUACCGUGCUUCAGACUCCUCAGUUCAUGCCAUACCUGGGUGGCACUCUGGGCAUUGCUAUCCGUCGAGGACACAUACCAGGGUUCAGGGACUUCUUGCUACAAAUGCGGUCUGACCUACAACACAACACCAGCUAUGGAAAUAUCCUGGUAAAAAAGUUUUGGGAACACACAUUUCAGUGUAAAUUUGCACCACCUCAAGCAGGUUGGGUGGAAGCUGGGGGAUCACUAUGCACUGGACAGGAAGAUCUAGAAAAUGUGGACACUGAAUUAUUGGACAUUUCAAACCUCAGGCCAGAAUAUAAUGUGUACAAGGCUGUGUAUGCCCUGGCAUAUGCUCUUGAUGACAUGCUGCAGUGUGAGCCAGGGAGAGGACCUUUCAAUAGGAACAGCUGUGCUACUUUGCAAAGACUGGUACCAUGGCAGCUUGUGUAUUACUUGGAAAAGGUCAACUUCACCACACCGUUUGGUGAUCAGGUGUCAUUUGAUGAGAAUGGUGAUGUCUUACCAAUAUAUGAUGUCAUGAACUGGUUGUGGCUCCCUGAUGGACAAACUAAAGUUCAGAAUGUAGGUGAGGUUAAAGAGUCAGCCAAAGGUGAAGAACUC